GGGCGUGGGCAGCAGCAGCUGGAAUACACCUGGGCACAGAUGAGAGAGGUGGGAGAGCCAGGUAACUCCCAUUGCAGCACGUGGAAUAACUCAGAGCCGGGCAGAGGGAGGGAUCAGGUGUCCCCCGUGCGGAGGCACUUUCAGCAUUUUCCAGGAAGAUGCUGUGGCUGUUAGUUUUGGGACUGACUCUUACUACGACAGCAGCCAAGGAUAUCCUCAACACUUGCAUGGAUGCGAAACAUCACAAAACGAAGCCAGGAUACGAGGGGAAUCUCUACAAACAGUGUAGACCUUGGAGAAACAAUGCCUGUUGUAAAGCCAAUAUUAGCGUGGAGGCACACAACGACAUGUCCAAUCUCUACAACUUCAACUGGAAUCACUGUGGCAUCAUGACAGAAAAAUGCAAGAGACAUUUUAUCCAGGACACCUGCUUGUAUGAAUGUUCCCCCAACUUGGGUCCUUGGAUAGUACAGGUUGACCAGUCUUGGAGGAAGGAACGGAUUAUUGAUGUCCCAAUCUGCAAGUCGGACUGCGUGGAAUGGUGGACUGACUGUCGGGACGAUCAUACCUGCAAGGUGAACUGGCACAAGGGAUGGAACUGGACUACGGGCAUAAACCAGUGUCCAGAAAAGACCACUUGCCAGAAGUUUUCCGAUGUCUUCCUGACUCCGCGGGAUCUAUGCGAGAAGUUAUGGUCCAACUCCUACAAGUUCACGGAGUACGAUCGGGGGAGUGGGAAGUGCAUUGCCUUGUGGUUCAAUGCAGCCUCAAAUCCCAACCCCAACGAAGAGGUGGCGCAGUUCUAUGCUAUCCAGAAGGGCUUGAUCGCGUCCUCCUCCCGCGUCAAACUGGCUGCCCCGCUUUUCCUGACUGUCCUCGUCUCUGUCUUGUUCUGACUUUUGCUGAUGGAGCCAGGGAGGAGUGGACUGAUGAGACGCGACGCCGCUUUCCUUGUUAAUUUAGCUCAGCAUUCGUGCUAUGGAAAGUCGUUGAUUUGACCAACCUUGGUCCAAAAUGUAGUAAAAUUUGCUCUUCCCAUCAAGCCAAAUUUCUGGGUGUGGGCGGGACAGGUUCAGCUUCGUCACCUUCCU